ACGAUGCACCACGGCAUGGCCAAUGGGCAGCCAGGGAGGCGGUGAGGAGGGUGCGUCUGUGUGUUGCUCAUCUCUCCAGAGCUGAUCGAUGCUGAGGAGGAGGGAGCGGGAGAGAGAGGGAGAGGUGAGCUGGGCGAGGGCCUCGUCCAGGCAAAGGCACACCCCGAAACGACCUGAAAUAUAAAACGCAAGGAGCUAUACAGGAGAGAGGGAGACGGAGGAAGGACACCGCGGCACCAUCUAUGUCAAGGGUGGAGCCAUCCACCGCCCAGCGUUAUUAUGGAUACACGACGACCAAAGAGACCCACCACCCUGGCUCUCUUCCCCCAUCGGGCCCAGCCCCGCUCCCAGGACACCAUCAACAACAACUCUCUAUCAAAGAAGGAGAGCUGUAAAGAUGGCCGCUCUGCCUCGCCCCGCAUCACAGGGGAGUCAGCCCAAGCAGGGGCCAGCCGGUCGCAGAAGACUGGGGAGAAAGUCCUGCUGGGCAGCCGUCGCACCGCCCCCAAGCCCCCCGGCGCCUCCGGAGCAGGGGGGGGCAGAACAAAGACAGACAGUCACACACCCGCGGGUGCAGCUGCAGACACACAGACCCGACCGCAGGGAGACAGGAUAAAAACGAACUCCACCAGCGGUGUAUCAAGUUAUCCUCGUAGAGGAGCAGGAGCAGGAGGUGCAGGUGGGGGAGGAGGGGGGAGAGAGAGAGGCCCAGGCACAGCCACUGGCCGAGGAAGAGGAGGAGGAGCGGGAAGAGGAGGAGGAAGAGGAGGUGGAGGAGGUGGAGGAGGAGGUGGGGGUGGGGGAGGAGGAGGAGGAGGAGGAGGAGGAAGAGGGGGAGGAGGAGAAGGAGAGGUGGCAAAGCGAGGAGGUCGGCUCUGUGAGGGCCGGGUGAGGAAUGGACCUCCGCCGGCGGCGACGGGAGUUCACAAAGUAAAGACGCAGAAGGUGGAGGACAAAGGGAAGGCGGCGUCCAGAACCGGGGACCGUGGCAAGAGAUCCACCGGAGCGGCUGGAGGGGGCGGCAAGGUGAGCAACCUUCUCACGGGCCCCAACAUUUGUGUGGCGUCAAUGGUGGUCCCUCGCACCCCCGUCGCUCCACGAAAGCAGAGGCCCAAAGACCCGGAGAAGACGCAAGACAAGACGGGGUCCCACGACAACCGAGGGUCCCAAGACAAGACGGGUUCCCGCGACAACAGAGUGUUCCAAGACAAGACGGGUUCCCGUGACAACCGAGGGUCCCAGAACAAGCGGCAGAGGCAGCAGGAAGAGCAGCGCAGGAGAGAAGCUACAGUACAAAACGACGUCAGGAACCAGAGCUCCCCGACGGCGCUGUCCCGCUCUAACAGCGAGUCGGGCUCCAACAGGAUGUCCAUCAGCUCUGACAUAGAGGGGCCCGUCUCGGACCCCCUGUGCCCCGCCGCCACCCUGCCGGACAGAACCAACACGGACAUCCGGGAGGAGGACGGCGAGGGCGACCCGGCCCCGUCGGCGGUGGGCGCUCUCAACGGCAACGGUGAGACCCAGAGAGAGACGCACGGCCCCUGGAAGGACGCAAAGAACCGCCAGGCAGGGACGGACGCAACCAGAGAUCAGCUGAAGGGCGACGCGCCGGGCGGAUUGAGUUACAGCUGUAUGAGGUACGGCCUGGGGCCGGACGGCCAGCCCCUGGAGCUGGACCUGGCCACGGAGCUGGCCAAGGGCCGCAAGGACGACGACAGCGACACGGAGACCGUCUACCAGUCGGCCAACGAGGAGGAGGACCCCGAGUACGAGGAGGAGAGGACACGGCUGGAGAGGGAGAGGCUGCAAGAGCAGAGGAUAGAGGAGAGGAAAAGAAGGGAACUACAAAACACGAGGCGAGAGGAGGUGGUCAAACUCAUCAGGCAGUCCAAGAUGGUUGCUGUGACAAAGAGUGUGGAGGAGCCCUCCAGCAUUAAGAGCAAAGCACCGGCAACCAGGAAGUUCCUCAACUUGUUUGUGAACGGCAACCAGUACAAGUCCACCGGUGCUGAGUCAUUCGGAGUGUUCUCCUGCUUUCUGGACGGAGUGGAGAAACAGCAAAGCCACAGAGCUGUCUACAGGUUUGUCCCCCGCCAUGCUGACGAGCUCUACCUAGAGACAGAUGACCCUGUGCUGAUGGUGUCCCAGUCGGAGGACCUUUGGUGCCAGGGUUACAACAUGAGGACCGGAUCUACUGGGAUCUUCCCCACUUACUAUGCUGUCAGGGUCUCCAAGGAGCCCAGCCACGCUCCUACUGACGCUUGGAUGGAUCAGUUCCCGGUGCGGUUCCUGGGUUCUGUUCAGGUCCCGGUCCACCAGGGAAACCACGUGCUCUGUGCGGCAAUGCAGAAGGUUGCAUGUAACAGGCAAAUAUCUAUGCAACCUCCACCUGCCUGUGUCCUUGAGGUUAGUGUGUCUGGUUUGAAGAUCAGUGCCCAGGACAAGUGUUGUUCCUCUACCAGGGGUGACCAAUGUUCACAUUUCUUCCAAUUGAAGAAUAUCUCCUUUUGUGGCUGCCAUCCAAAACACAACAAGUAUUUUGGCUUCAUUAGCAAGCACCCGGACCAGCAGCGCUUUGCCUGUCACGUGGUGACGACCGACGAGACAUCCCUUCCUCUGGCUGAGUCCGUAGGGAGGGCAUUUCAGCAGUACUACGCGGAACACAUCGGCUACUCCUGUCCCACCGAGGACAUCUUCAUCGACUAGACCCUAAAGUCCUUUGUAAAGCACUGCACUCGUUUUUAAACAGCAAACUGGAUGCCGUUUCUUCAAACUACCUGGGUAGUAGACAUUCCCUUUUAUUUCCCCAAUGGCAGCCUGUCAACUAGCACAUGACUUGAGAUACUGCGAUGAGUUGAUGGAGGCGCGGUUGGAGGGAGGAGGAUGGAGAAGGUCAGGGUAGGUCUAUGUGUCUCACAUGGAAUCACAAAGGGUGUAUUUGUGGCUCUUUAAAUACGUAUGGAUGCAAGUAGAUUGCAGCUUUUGGUUCCCCAAAGUUAUAAUAAUGGCAUGUAAAACUAUUUGACAAAGACAAUGUGAUCAUUAUUGUUGUAUAGGCCAACUAUAAUCCACUCAGUGUGCAACCGUGGCAUCAAACCAGUGAAGAAUUAAUGUCACGGUCUGACUGAAUAUUGGAUGUAGACUCAUAUAACCAUGCAAGUCCCUUCCCUCUUAGGGGCCCGGCCCCUACAGAAAUGUUCCAUACACAAAGCAAACAGAAACCUCCACCUGAGGACCUAGACCUGAUCAAUUAUUUUCAGGUGAGAAACCCAAGAUUAGCCACCUCAACACUUGACAAUCAUUAAGAUAUUGAGGGAUAAUUCUUGAAAAUCACUUGUGAUUUCAAGUGCCCUCUUUCUAUUUUUUUGCUGCUUGAUUUAUCCUUUUCCUCCAUCCCUAAACAAAGUUAUCCAAAUAUGGCUUCUAACCAAGACGUAAUUCCACAAUAUUUCCUGGUAGUGUAAGAUGUUCUUUUGUCUUUUAAAAACAAGGCCCUUAUGACAGAUGUGCAAUUUAACAUUUCUAUGACCAAUUAAUCCAUUGCAACGUUCACAUCGCAGUGCAGUCACAUUAUCUUUCGCAUUACUAGCUUGAAUCCUAUUGGCUAUGAGAAAGAGAACAAACUGUAUUGAAGAUUAAGGCGAGAUCUCUGAAUUGGAUUUUUGUGAGACAUUCAUGAGACAUCCAUGUGCUUUAUCCUGCUACAACAACCAUAAUCAUAAAAAAGGACUCGGCUGAAUCCAGCAUUAAUCCAUCCAAGAAGAUUCUACACAGACAAUUGUUCUGCCAUGCAUCUAUGAUUUUAGUGGCAGUUGUGAAAGAGGAAAUGUUUGGACAGUUGUCUCCUGUAUUUUGAAAAAAAAGAACAGUGCCUAUUUUCUGUGUAGUGGUAAUGACUGUGUUGAGUGUUGAUUGGAGAAGCCUGAAGAUCACA